AUGGCAAACCUCUGCCUUGGCGAGGAUUUUAGUGAGGAGCUCACCUGCGCGGUGUGUCUUGACUCAUGGAAGGACCCGGUCGAGCUGAUGCCGUGUGGGCACAUCUUCUGCAAGGCGUGUGCGACGGGCUUGAAGGAGUGCCCCGUGUGUCGGGACCCCAUCCGCUCCACAAAAGUGCCGAACCGCACACUCGUCAACAUGGCGCUGCAGAUCCAGGUGAAGUGCAGACGGUGUCAGUGGAGGGGGACACGUGAGCAAGGGAUGAGCCACGUAUGCGGGAAGGCGAGCUGCAGCUCGCUGAACCAGGCAUCGUGUUCGCCUUGGGUUACAAAAUCGCAGCCACAGCACCACCCCACUGCGGCCAAGUUUCCCUCUCCAUACGCGCAGCAGUCGUCAAUUUCAGGCUACGCGUCAUCACCCGGACAGACACAGCAACCAACACAGAGCUAUCCGGAUUUGUGGGAGAGGGGCGCUCCGACGCAGCUUCGGCAGCAGUCGGCUGGAUACUCGACGGGCUGCGGCAACGCUUACUCAGGUGCUGCCCCACCUCCUAGUGGCGGCAACGCAGGCUCUCAAGGAAGCUACCCCACCACCAACUACUCGAAUCAGUCCGGAGCGGGCUACUCCGGCUACAAUCAGCAGCCGCAACCGACACUCUCGCUGCAGAGUCGCUACCGCGUGAUUGAGCCGACCGGCCCACACCCGUGGACGUUGUACGGACUGGACCAGUCCGAGUACGACCAGAUCGUUUCUCUCUUUGUUUUCUUCGACGAUAACGAAAGCGGUAAUCUGGAGCCCAAUGAGGUGACCCGUCUCGCACGUUGGCUGAACUUUGCGAACACUCCGCAGGACGUGAAGCGGAUCUUCGACGAUAUGGACGUUGAAGGCAGCGGAAAGCUCUCCCUCGGCGAGUUCUUGACGUGGCUCCGGUACAACAAGCCGAACCCGCAGGCCCUCUACGGCCUCACGCAGUCGCAGUACAAUACGAUCAUGAUGCAAUUCCAUACGUACGACACGAAUCAGGACGGGUGCCUGGAAAUGAACGAGUUUUCUCGGCUGGUGCAGAAUCUCGGCGACGUGCGCGACGCUGUCACAGCGCAGCGUCUGUUCCAGAUGAUCGACCAGGAUCGCGACGGUGUCAUCAGCCUGCACGAGUUUCUCCGUUUCCGGGCGGGGAAAGGCUGA